GAUAUGUGACUACUUUUUUAUUAUUAUUAUUUCUAAUGUGACACUAAAAACAUUGCUACUUUUACUACAGUAAUUUGCACCUGUUUAGAAAUGUGUCAUCACCAAUAGCUAAAACAAAAAAGUUUCCAAUAGGUUGCCUGCUGCUGAAAAUGUCUGGCCCAUCAACAUUUUCUGGUUUAAAAUCAGGCCCAGUUGAAUUUGUAAUUGAACAGCCCUGCUUUAAACACUUGAUUUCAACUUAAAUUUACCCUCAUGAUUCUUUAAAUAAGUGAUUUGUGUUUGGCUGCACAACAUGAGUUAGUGAUGAUGGAGCCACUGGUGGAGCUGGCAGAGUUUAAGAGGUGAAGUCACUGCAUCUUUACUGAAGUAGCAGCACGUUGUCAAUGAUAUUUAGAGAGCUGUUUUUCACUUUUUGUAUUUUCCAGUCUUUAACCUGCAUCCUGUUGGGAUCAGCACAAUAACACAAUGACAAAGUCACUCUACUCAGUUUAGGGCAAAGCUCAUUGAUCAGGACAUAGUAAUGUUGAGCUACACAUUUAACACCUAAACACAUCUGAUUGUAUUAUUAAUGAUUUUUAUCUACAUCAUUUAUUCUUUAUUCAGACUGAGUGGCUGCAGUUUGUCAGAGAUCAGCUGUGUUUCAUUGGCCUCAGCUCUGAAGUCCAACCCCUCCCAUCUGAGAGAGCUGGACCUGAGCUACAACGACCUGCAGGAUUCAGGAGUGAAGCAGCUGUGUGAUUUUCUGGAGAGUCCACACUGUAAACUGGAGACUCUGAGAUUGUGGAGCUGCAGUUUGUCAGAGAUCAGCUGUGUUUCACUGGCCUCAGCUCUGAAGUCCAACCCCUCCCAUCUGAGAGAGCUGGAGCUGAGUGACAACUACCUGCAGGAUUCAGAUGUGAAGCUGCUGUGUGAUCUGAAGGAGAGUCCACACUGUAAACUGGAGACUCUGAGGUCAGUAGAGGGUUGGAGUGGGUCCAUGCUGGUUUCAGCAGUAUUAUAUUAAACACAGUUAGUAUCAGAGCAAAGAUCCAGUACUUCCUGUAAACCUCAGACCUUCUCAGUGGCUCAAAGAGGGGAAUGGUGACAGUCUUCAGGAGAGGACAGAGAGACAGACAGAGAGAACAGUCAGCCAAUCAGAUUAGAAAGAAGCUUGUUGAGAUCAUGUGUUUAAGUUGAUGUGAAGACGACUGUUGUUGUGUUCAUGUCUACAGGAAGUGAAGCUGGAUUACAGCUGACAGCAAGGCAAGGCAAGGCAAGGCAAG